CCCGACCAGCCGGUGGGCGUGCGGCGGUGGCUUGCGCCCCCGCCCGGUGUGACGCGCUCUCGGCGUUUGGGACCAGCGGGGCAUAGAUGUUUUGAGGAAGGGAGCCGUGGCUGGGACCCCCUGGGACAUCCAGUCCUGGGGGAAACACCUAUUGUAGCUUAUCAGAGGCCAGACCACACGCUAGCUACUGGCGACUCUAGAGUAUAUUGUUUUCGUGAAGACUCCCAUGAUUUGGUGGAACCAUACAGACUUCUGACUAGUGUUGACUACAUUGUUGGAAGGAAAAACUGUGCCAUUUUAGUUGGAAAUGAUCAGUCAAUCAGUAGAAAUCAUGCAGUGUUAACUGCUAACUUUUCUGAAACCAACCUGAGUCAACCAGAUGAAAUCCCAGUGUUGACAAUAAAAGAUAAUUCUAAGUAUGGUACCUUCAUUAAUGAGGAAAAAAUGCAGAAUGGCCUUUCCCAGACUUUGAAGACAGGGGAUAGAAUUACCUUUGGAGUGUUUGAAAGUAAAUUCAGGGUAGAGUAUGAGCCUUUGGUUGCGUGCUCUUCUUGUUUAGAUGUCUCUGGGAAAACUGCUUUAAAUCAAGCUGUAUUGCAACUUGGAGGACUUACUGUAAACAAUUGGACAGAAGAAUGUACUCAUCUUGUCAUGAUAUCAGUUAAAGUUACCAUUAAAACAAUAUGUGCACUUAUUUGUGGACGUCCAAUUGUGAAGCCAGAAUAUUUUACUGAAUUUCUCAAAGCAGUUCAGUCCAAGAAGCAGCUUCCACAAAUUGAAAGUUUUUACCCACCUCUUGAUGAACCGGCUAUUGAAAGUAAAAAUAUUGAUCUAUCAGGACGACAGGAAAGAAAACAAAUUUUCAAAGGGAAAACAUUUGUAUUUUUGAAUGCCAAACAGCAUAAGAAAUUAAGUUCAGCAAUUAUUUUUGGAGGUGGAGAAGCUAGGUUGAUAACAGAAGAAAAUGAAGAAGAAGAUAGUUUCUUUUCAACUCCUGGAACUUGUGUUGUUGAUAUAGGAAUAACAAACUCACAGAUCUUAAUUCCUGACUCUCAGAAAAAAUGGAUUCAUUCAAUUAUGGAUAUGCUCCAAAGGCAGGGUCUUAGACCUAUUCCUGAAGCAGAAAUUGGAUUGGCAGUUAUUUUCAUGACUACAGAGAACUACUGUGAUCCUCAGGGCCAGCCCAGUACAGGGUUAAAGACAACUACUCCAGGACCAAGCCUUUCACAAGGCUUGUCAGUCAAUGAAAAACUAAAGCCGAGUGUCCUGGUGAAUGCCACAACAUAUGUAGCAGACACAGAAUCAGAGCAAGCAGAUACAUGUAUGGAUUUGAAUGAAAGGUCGAAAGAAAUCAAAAUCAGCAGAAAGGAACAGUAUCUCAGAAUGCUUUCACAAGAAUGCCCCACUAUGAAGGAACCUUCCAAAACAACUAAUAAUAAUAGUAAUAAUAUUGUAGUUUCAAAUACUCAAGCUAAGGUGAAAAUCCUGAACUAUCAGCUUUCACCAACUAAAUUUCCAGCUAUAAAUGGAAGAGAUCAAGCUUCGCAGCAGCAGAACAACUCCAUCAUGAACUACUUUCGGCCACUUACCAAAAAAAGGGAAAGGGAUGAAGAAAAUCAAGAAAUAUCUUCAUGCAAAUCAGCAAGAAUAGAGAUGUCUUGUUCUCUUUUAGAACAAACACAACCUACUAUACCCUUAAUAUGGAAAAAUGAGCAGCAUUUAUCUCAGAAUGAAUCUGUGGACAAAAAAUCUGAUAAUUUAUUUACAGAAGCAGAUUUAAAAUUCAGUGUGAAAAAUUCUGCCAAUAUAUCCUGUUCUACAGAAAAGCUAAGAUUAAAUAAAAGAAAAGAAAUUGAUGAUUUGGCUAUAGAAGAUGAAGUAUUGGAAGAGUUAUUAAAAAACACAAAACCAGAGUUACAGAUUGAAAUGAAAGUUCAAAAACAAGAGGAAGAUGCCAGUAUUAGAAAAAGGCCAAAGAUGGAUAUAGAAACAAAUGACACUUUUAAUGAGAAAGCAAUACCAGAAAAUAACAAAAUAUCUCAAGAAAAUGAAGUCUGGAAGAAAUGUGAGAAGAAAUGUGAGCUCAAGAAAGAAUCACCAUGGUCAAUGAAAAAAGAAGUAUCUAACAAUGAUGUACUGCAGGACAGUAGUGAGAUGCUUCCAAGAAAUGUGUUAUUAACUGAAUUUAGAUCACUGGUGGUUAAAGACUAUCCUUGGAGCGAUCUAUCUGGUAUAAAUAAUGAUUAUGGUCAACUAAAGAAUUUCAAGAAAUUCAAGAAGGUCAGUUUUCCUGGGGCAGGAAGACUUCCACACAUCAUUGGAGGAUCAGAUCUUAUAGCUCAUUAUGCUCGAAAGAAUACAGAAUUAGAAGAGUGGUUAAGGCAGGAAAUGGAGGUGCAAAAUCAACAUGCAAAAGAAGAGUCUCUGGCUGAUGAUCUUUUUAGAUACAAUCCUAAUAUAAGAAGGAAAAGAUAACUGAGGAUUUUAGGAAGAAGCCAUGGAAAAACCUUUCCUAGCAAGGAUUCCUGGGAUAUAUGAAUAUAGCAUAUAAAGGAGAUUUGAGUUACAAAUAUUUUAUUGCCUAAAUUUGUUAAAUAAAAUGCACAAAACUCUA